AUGUGGACCAUACUAGUGAUUCGGUCCUCCAUUUGCCUGAUAUUGUGGGCUAUCCGAAUCGCCAGCUCCUCCAAAGUGACUAUUCUCUGCUUGUUUGACACUGACAUCACAGAAACCUGCCAGGAAGCACUGUCUGACCUGCCUAGCGCCCAAGACAUCGGUGUUAACGUCUCGUUCCGCGCACUGACGCUGAAGAUGGGUAAAGAUCUGACGUCAGCUGUGACUGAUAUUCAAGCCUCUGUCAUCUCAGAUGUUCCAGAUGUGAUAUUUACUAUCGGAAGUAUCUACACGGCGAAUGCGGCGUCUAUGUUUGCCGAGUUUCUGGCUAUUCCUCAGGUUUCACUAACUAUGGAUUCCAUGACCUAUCCGUUAUACUCCGACACGGUGGUGCGAUUUGGACCAAGUGAGUUGGAUAUGGCAGAGGCAUUUUUUCAUCUCAUCGAUACGCAAAAUACCUCUGAUAUUAGUGUCAUUUACCAAAGAGAGCAUGCUUAUGAUGAAUUUGCGUUUCACAUGAGACAUCUUGCGUUAAAACGCCCUCGGCUUAAACGCUUCAAAAUCUUUGGAAGUUCUAAAAAGGGUUGCCAAGAUCAACGGUUUCUGAGGAAAAUUAUAGAAUUAAGGGACAACGGGUCUCAGCUUAUCGUAUUGCAUGCCGGAUCGGAAACAACAAAACAUAUAUUACGAUGUGCAGUCAAAUAUGAACUUUUCCAGCCUGGUCAUGUGUGGAUAUCGACAAAAGGAGAUUUUCGGAACGGCAGUGACGUCACAUGUUUACCUGCUGGUUUUUUAGCUCUUGAGUACUUACCUAGCACAGGCUUUAAAACGGAAAUUCGCGAUGGACUGUCCGCCAUUGUUUCAACAUGGAGGCUGCUGUACCUGGAGAACGAAACAACUGACUGCAACGGUUCCGGAGAUGACUUGGGGGCAGCCCAUCGGUUUGUUAGGUCAAUGGAAACAAGCUGGAAGAAACCAAAAGUGAUUUACAAUCUGAAAAAUCUGGUGCGUGAAGGUAACAGCUCUAGCUGGCGGGUUGUCGGAAAAGUCCAGCGUAAUUUAAUCUCAGUGAACACGAUUAUUUGGCCAGGAGGGUUUAUCUAUGGGCCUAUUGCCGUCCGUAAGAAGUUCCUAAGAGUUGUCACGGUUCCGGCACCUCCGUUUGUUCAUUUCCGGGAUCCGGAUAAUGACGAACACAAGUGCUACACCGAUACACCGUGUUUAGAGCUCAAGAAAACGGAUCGGGUGAUGGACUACCUGGACGCAUUCGUGAAAGGGGGGUCACCCGAGGACCAGCAGUUCACCUUUCUCUGCUGCUCAGGACUAUCCGUCGACCUUCUAAACCGGAUCUCUCAGGACUUGGACUUUGAGUUUAUACUGUACUUUUUUCCGGAUAAUGUCAAUCGCAUUGGAAAACUGGUAAAUGACACAUGGGAUGGUGCUAUCGGGCAGGUUUAUUACGGCACUGCUGACAUUAUGAUAGGAGCCCUCAGUAUUACUGCUGUACGGUCAGCCUGGAUUGAUUUUACUGUGCCGUUUUACCAGUCUGGUUUCACUAUGCUGUCAGUGGCACAGGACCAGCAACCAUCAAUUGAUGCCUUUCUGAAGCCGUUCUCAACGGCGGUGUGGCUGUGUAUACUGCUCGCAGCAACGUUAACCGCAGUCAUAUCAUCGUAUCUGGAGUGGAGGAGUCCCUACGGCUUGAAUCCUUGGGGGAGAAAGCGCAACAGGAAUUACACCCUGGGUUCUUCUCUCGUCGCUGUCUAUUCCGUGGCUUUUGGUCAUACGUUUGCAACAAAAUCACCCAAAAGCUGGCCCAGCCGCUUUAUCCUCAACGUUUGGGCUUUGUGUUCAAUCUUUAUGAUUGCCAGCUAUACCGCCAAUCUCGCCGCCUUUAUGGCGGGUAAGGAAAACGUCGAGUUUUACAAAAGCCCAGCGGACCCCCGAUUAGCCUCUAAGAAAGUUGCAGUUAUUGGAGAAACAAGUGUUGCGAGUUACAUUGAGAAUAUGUACCCUGGACUUGCUUCAACACUGAACAAAACUAGUCUUAAAACUUCCAUUGGCAUGAUCACUGAGAUGAAGAAGAAGCAUUUUGAUAUUUUCAUACACGAUUUGCCAAUAUUGGAGUAUGCUAGGGCAAGGCUGGAUGGAGACUGCACGUUACGUGUGGUUGGCGGUACAUUUGCCGAUGAUGGGUAUGGUAUUGGCUUACCCAAACACUCACCUUGGAAGGCAUCAAUGUCCGACCUAAUACUCUCCUAUGGCACAAGUGGAUUCCUUGAGCGGCUGGAAAACACUCAUUUCUCCGAGUUGGUUUGUACUUCAAACGGCAUCAAACAGCGGGACAUUCAGUAUGGCUUACAGCAUACCGCCGGUUUGUUCAUCAUGCUGAUGGUGGCCAUUGGUGUCAGCACACUGUCUCCCGAGUCUGCGUGCCAAAGACGACAAUAG